GAAAAAUUACGCAUAGAUCCCGAUGCCAUAGACGUGGUAGUGGUUGUAUCGCCCUCUCAAGAAGAGGAGUCUAUUCAGGAAGUAUUCACACUAGCUGCACAACACCUUAUAAACGCAGCCCAUGGAAUUCCAGGUGAAGACCCACUUAAACUCAUUCACAUUCCCACAAGCAAUUUUCUCGCAGACCCAUCGUUACCAAACAGAAUUCGUUCCGAUCAGCAGUUUUUGAAACUUAGUCGGAAGAAGCAUCCGUAUGAUUUCCUGCCACUCCAUCAUGUAGUUCUUCACGAAAGUAGUACUGUACUGCAAAAAAUGUUGAUCAGCAGUGGACCAGAAGACGUAAAUGCUGAGGAUGAAGUUGGUUGGACAGCAUUGCAUCUUGCAAUUCUUUUAGGAGAAACCGAAAUGGUAAAAAUGCUGCUGGACCACGGGGCCGAUGCUGCAUCUCGUCCGGCACACUGUCUUCCUGCAUUUGUCUGUACAGAGUGGAAGGGAAAAUCGCGCAUGACAUUGUCACCGCUCAGUCUUUCUGUGUGCCUUAACAUGAACAACAUAGUGCAUUUAUUUACAGAAAGAAACACAGAAAAUCCAUGCAUGGACAUUUGCAUUCAAAUGUCGUAUGGAAUGAAAACGGAGUCCACGUUGCUUGAAUCAGUCUGUAGGGAAGCAGAAAAAAGAAAUCAGGAUGUUUAUGCUCGCUUUAAGCCGACAUUCACAGUACACAAGAAUCAACCGAUUGAACGAGUAUGCCUUGGAAUUUCGGAAAAUGUUGAUAAUAUUGAGAAGAGAGAAGACAUACAUGGCGUAAGUGUUGUCAUCAUAAACACGGAGAUAUCUCCGGAGAGCAACUGGAUAGAAAAAACUGAAAUUACAGAAGAUGAAGAAGUCAUUUGUAAGUCUGUUAUUGACCUAUGGGCUGACUACCGUUGGGAUCAGCAUCCAAAUUUAAAUGCAAUCACUGCUGGAAGCCUAACAAGUGUGAAAUGUCCAGAACCUUAAUCUACAGGACACAUCAUUCUACACUGUUCACACAAGGGAUACGUUCCCUACGAGAGCAACUGCUUUCCAACCGAAUUAAAAUGUGAGAAAGGAGCAAUGCCUGUUGCAGUACUUGAGGGGGAAUUCAAUUCUGGUGCCCUUGGAGGUAGUCAAUGUGAUAAACGAGGAGAGCAAGAAUCCACCUACUGUGUUUGUGCUGCAUCUACCAACAUACCAACAAACAGAUAUCCAAUGGAAACAGAUGAACAUCUUCCGUUGAAAAUAGGAAUGCAGUUAUGUAAAUCACAUUCUGCUGCCAUCCCAGCUUAUGCAGGAACACUCGGGCAUUCGUAGAAAUGGGCAACGGUAAAACUGGGUUCAUAACAUGUGCUCAUCUGUUCUAUAAGCAGGCUAUAUCCGAAGGAAACACGCCAAUACGCUUCAGUUGUUCACAACAAGGGUGUGGUGCUGACGUCAUCGCUCCUUUUGACCACUUUGUGGAUAAUGUCUUAAGAGGAGUAAGGGAUAUGGAAAUCGACGGUGACCCCGUAGGUGACCCCGUAGGUGAAGAUGAUGGCAAUGUCGAAAAUGGAAGGAAUGUCUACUGGGAGUGCGGAAAAGUAGUCCGAGCUAUAUUUGACCCCACGUUAGAAACCGGCAUAGAUGCAGCAAUUGUGGAAAUUUACCAAGACAGAGCACCAUGUGAUGGUUCCUUUGAUGACAUAAAACAUCUUCAUCUCCAAAGAGCAAAAAUGGACUUGACACAUCCACCAACAUAUGCUUCCGGAAAAAAGCAGAUAUAUCCUAUCUGGAUUCAAGUGAGUAUCUCAAAUGAUCGCCCAAUUAGAUGCAUAAAGCUGGGAGCCAGUUCUGGGCUGUCUGUUGGUAUUCUGGCAUGGAAGCAUGGUCAGAUAAGACUUACGGACUCUCCACCUCUUGGGAUUGAAAAAGAUUCUCUUCAAAAAUAUAUCAUGAAGGGACAACUUGUCAUAAGUGAAUACAACAGCAAACAUUUUUUUGAAUGUGGUGAGUCUGGUUCAGCAGUUUUUGUCAUGAAAAGAGACGGCCAGUAUUAUUAUCCAGAUGCUUGUUUAGGAAUAGCUAUUGGGUUUCUUGACAAGAAAACGUUUGUUACUCCCAUAGGUAACAUUCUUGAUGAGCUGAAAACAGACAACACGCCAGAUCUCGACCUUAAAAAGUUUGAAUAA